AUGUCAUCAGUACACUAUGAUCUAAACCAUUUUAAACGAAAGAAUAUAGGACCUCCAAAAGCAACGUUCGUAGCGGAGCUUGAAAAUCGUGAUCCAACAGACCAAAGUCAAACUUACACAAAAACAUUGACAGCUAGCGAAAGUGACAUGUGGACUCUAAGAGCUGAAAUGACGGUAAGAGAAGUGUAGAAAACCAAAUAGAGUAGUCGUCGGUUGGUUUAAUUUAAAGCAUUGUUUCACACAAGAGAAUAAAUAUGCAUCAUUGCAUAUCUGUUUUCAGUUGGAAUCCUGUAGAUUUCACUAAAUUGCAACCUCAUCCUAGAACGAAAUAAGUCGAGCAAUUAAGAGAGGGUCCAUGAGCCGAUCGAGUCAGGUCGUACUCUCGACAAUGUUGACCCUCUAUUAUUAUUAUUCUAGGAGAAAGCCCUUGACUUGAAACCUAUAAAUCCAAAAUAUGAGCUCAAUCCAUUGAGAAACAAAAAAAUUAUGGGAAUAACACUGACGGCUACUUCGAUUUCAGCCAAAAAUGGUAUUUUUUGGUUUUACCCCAAUAUCUGCAUCAAACAUGAACCGAUGCCCGAAUAUUUAUAUAUCAUUUGAUAGCGCUCGAAAUUCUCUACAAAACUGGCUACAGAAUUUGGGGCAUGUCAUAUCCCACAUAUGGGAUAUUCUCAAAAUACUGAUAACCGACUAUGCAGAAAAAGCUAGUAUUUUGAGAAAAAACCUAUGUAGAUCUUCGUAGCUCAAAAAUUUGAAGCAUGCGCUGGAUAGUACAAUCGAAAAGCUAUAAAACCUACCUAAAAAUAAAAUUUAAAACGUCGUACAAAAAAUUUCCUGCGUCAUCUUUGUGUCGAAAGGUGGCAAAAAUGCCGUUUUUCGUAUCAUUUUCGAUUUCUUGUGCGCUCCAUAUCUUCAUCAAUAAUUGAUCGACUUUCAACUUAUUAUAUAUAAUUCGAUAGAGGAAAGGCAGCUCUACAAAGUGAUAUCUGUAGCAUCUAUUCAUACUCUCUUUCUGCGCAUGAAAUUCGCAAUACAAAAAUGCGUGUGGGUGUGGAUGUGGGGCAUCGAUGUGAAUGUUCAUUACUUUGACAUACCCACAUCCUCACCCAUACCCACACUCUCACACACACCCACACCCACAUCCUCACCCACACCCACACCCACACCCACACCCACACCCACACCCACACCCACACCCACACCCACACCCACACCCACACCCACACCCCCACCCCCACCCACCCCCACACCCACCCCCCCACCCC